AUGGCUUUAGCAGCAGCGACUAUCUUCUUUCCGACUCCGGUAUCCGUCCGAUCUCCGGCUAAAUUCCUUCGCCGUCCCUCAAAUCCAUUCUUGUUUCUCGUUUCUCCGACGAAUGGAUCAGCGAGUACCAGAAACGGCGGACGCCGGCAAAUCAGGCGGCCGUUUGUAGCAAAUGCUUCCCCGUUGGAGGAAGAUGACGGCGUUUCUCUAGGAACCAUGAAGCUUCCGUUGGAUACAGAUGUCGCGAGAUUCGAAACCCUUCUUUUUCAGUGGGCUAAUAGUCUUUGCCAAGGAGCUAAUAUACCUCUUCCUGUUCCUCUCAAGGUGGAUAGAAUAAGUGGAGGAGCGAGGUUAGGAUUCAUAGUAAUGGAGGAUGAAGGCAAAACCGAUGUUCCGGUUUACAUUGAUUGUUUGGUUUACCAGACCACAGAGAGUGGUUCAGGACCAGUGUUCAUAGCGACGCGUAACGGGAGGAAGAAAGAUAAGGCACCUCCUGGAGAAGAAAGAAUCAUGAGAAGUCUCUUAGGUGCUCUUAAAAGAGCUGUUGAAAUUGCUCGAUCGAGGAGGAAGACAAGAGAGCCAAAGGAAGAGAAUGUGACUCUUGGACCUGCUGUUCGUGAAGGAGAAAACGUUUUCGGAGUUGUUCACAUCUUUGCUUCAUUCAACGACACUUUCAUUCACGUUACUGAUUUGUCUGGACGUGAAACGCUUGUCCGUAUCACCGGUGGAAUGAAGGUGAAAGCUGACAGGGAUGAGUCCUCGCCUUACGCAGCUAUGCUUGCUGCACAAGAUGUUGCUCAGCGAUGCAAGGAACUUGGAAUCACUGCCAUGCACGUGAAGCUCCGUGCCACGGGUGGGAACAAGACCAAGACACCUGGUCCUGGGGCUCAGUCUGCUCUUAGAGCCCUUGCCCGUUCUGGCAUGAAAAUUGGCCGCAUUGAGGAUGUUACUCCCAUCCCAACGGACAGUACCCGCCGAAAGGGUGGUAGAAGAGGAAGGAGGCUAUGA